GGGUCGGCCCCCGCCCACGGUGCUGCUGCUGGGGGCGGCGGGCGGCGGCAAGAGCCUCUUGGUGCGGCGGCUACGCCAUAUCCACCGGGCACGGGGGCACCGGGGGGACCGGCGGGGGCGGGGGGGUCCGGGCAGCCCCUUCCCCUCCUCAGCGCGAGUCCUUAACGCGCGGCACAGCUGAGCGCCGAGGAGCCAGCGGGGCUGGGCGAGCCCCCGGCCACGCUGCCCACGGUGGGCACCAACCUGACCGACCUGCGGCUGCCGCGGAAGGUGACGGUGCGGGAGCUGGGCGGCUGCAUGGGCCCCAUCUGGCCCAGCUACUACAGCGAGUGCAGCGCUCUUCUGUUCGUGGUCGAUGCCUCCAACCCCACCCAGGUCUCCUCGUCCUGCAUCCAGCUGCUCUCCGUCCUUUCGGCAGCGCCGCUCGCCUCCGUGCCCGUCCUGGUGCUCUUCAACAAGAUUGACCUGCCCUGCUACAUGUCGCUGCUGGAGAUGAAGUCACUGUUCCGCAUGCAGGACAUCGUGUCCUGUGCCACGCAGCCCAUCACGAUGCUGGAGACCAGCGCCCGCAACGGGACCGGUCUGGCCGAUGUCCUGCAGUGGCUUCGGGCCACCCUUGGAAACCCCCAUUGACCCCAACCCUGCCAGGUGCCUGCAGCAGCCCAGGACAAUUCUGUCACCAAAGGUGGCCAGGGAGCAGCUGCCUUGUGUGGUGCUGGGAGCAGGGCCUGGAGCAGUGUCACAGGCUGGUGACAGACUGUAUCCCCGUGGGACUUCACAGUAAAACUCUGACCAAACUGUC